AUUCGCUUGUUGGAGUUUGUUUGGAUCACAAGUCGAGACGGAAAGCUCCGCGUAUCGGUUCGUUUUAUCGCCAGUUGCUUCGUCGCGAGUGCGCCAAAAAAUAGCGAAAAUUCGUAGAUUUGAGUGAGGGCUAGACCCGAGCGAAACCCAGCCAUGUUGCCGCUGCAGGAGUCCCAGGCCCAGGCGUCCAACUGGCAGCUGGAGGAUUACGCGUUCUUCCGCAAGUGCGGGGAAAUCACCGCCUCGCCGGACGUCCAGAGUUUCGGCUUCAACUGCGCCUUCUGUCCGGCGAUCUGCCUGCAGUUCUCCGUGUUCAUGGACCACAUCCGGGUGCAGCACACCCAGGACAUGAGGCGGCGCUACGAGUCUGGGGAGGAGAAGAGCCAGCAGCAGCCCCAACCCGAUCUGGUGAUCAUGGAGCUGGACUGCCCGGAGAUAUAUCCUCCGGACGAGGGGCACAAGAAAGCCAGCUGGGAGGGGGACAUGGACAUCCAGCUGAUGAGCCUCGUUCCGCCGACUCCCGCACUGCAAAUGGCCCCAUCCGAAACACCCGAAAUAGAUUUGGUCUAUGUGGUGGAAAACCCAUUGCCACCCUCGCCGCCGCCCUCCGCGGACAUUUCGGGCGACGAACUGCCGGGCCACUGCCUGCAGUCCUUCGACUUGGAUCCGUUCGCCAUAAUGCACGAGGUGGUUACGCUGACUCCGCCCACACCCAUUGCUCCACCGCCGGUUUUAACUCCACUGCCGCGGUACGAGACACGACGCGUGGCAAUGCAGCGCAAGCUUCGUCAGGCGGAAAACGAGAAUGCAAAAGAUGACGAUGAGGAGGAAGAGGAGGUGGAUAUGCUGGAUGUGGUGGAUGUAGAGGAGGAGCAGAGCGGGAGGUCGGAAAAGAACGUGCUAGAACUAACGCCGCCCGCCACGCCCCCUACCCCGGUGGCGCCCACAUCGCCCACGAGCAGCAUUGCGAGCUGCGUGGAUUUGCAGUCGAAAACUCGACGUGAACUGGAGCGCAAUCGUGAGUUCGUUGGCUCCCUGCUGGCGGAAUACGAGCGCGCGGAGAAAUUGUGGAAUCCUCGUCAUCCAGAAUACAAGUACAAUGCCAAGCGCAGUUUAUACGGGGAACUGGCUGCUCCGCUGGAGGGCGUCUGCCACAAGCGGCUUUCCGGGGCCGAGAUCUUCGCUGUGUUGAAGGAGUUGAAGGGCAGAUACCGCCGUGAACUAAGCAAACUGAACGCCCUUGGCGGAAAGUACAAGUCGCGGUUGUGGUACUUUGACAGGAUGCACUUCCUCAGGGGCGUCAUCGAAAACAGGCGAGCAGAAAGGGAGGCCAAGAUCUCCAAUGAAGGCACCGAAAGCGAGAAGUCUUGCGAAACGGACGCGGAGUCCUGCAGCAAGUCCGCAUUGUACCGUGAGGUUCUCAGCUUCAUUCUGGACGCAUUUAAGCGACUUGAGUGCCUGUGGAAUCCGCAACACUACGACUAUACCAGCUGCUGCAAGAAGGAGCUGUACCGAGAGAUCUCUGCCCAGCUGCAGGAGGAACUCAACUACGAGCUGAGCGGCGAGGAGUGCUACAAGGAGAUUCAGAAGCUAAGGACGCGUUACCGCAAGGAGUUGCGCAUGGUGAUCAAACACAAGGGUCUGUACCUGCCCAAGUUGUGGUGCUACGAUGAAAUGGAGUUUCUGCAGCCCAUUUUGCAACAGCAGAUAUUCAAUAAGAUCAGCAAGAAAGUCGGCGUGGUGGAGACCAAUCAGAAGACCAAGUUCAUUGAUGCCAGCUCCAUACAGUUUUCCAAUUCCGAGGAUGAGCUGCAGUUUGUGGAAAUCUAUCGCAACUACUCAGCCCUGUGGGAUGUGGAUCAUCCCGACUUUCGUUCGAAUGCUUAUCGUGGUCAGGCCUUGGGUCACAUGUUGGAUGAGAUAAACACCACCUUUCACUCUUCCUACUCUCCGGAGCAGCUGGAGAAGACCUUGUUUGACCUGCGCAAGGAAUUCUCGUCGCAGAAACGAAAGAUACUCACCGACCCCGGGGACUCCAGUCAUAUUCCUUUGCUGCACGCCAAACUGGCCGAAUUCCUGGACCAAAACCUCGGUCCCUUCCGCUGCGAUAUAUGCUCGGAGCUCGUCAAGACCUGCGAUCAGUACAAGAUGCACCGAUCCGGACAUGAUGGCACUCAGCCCUUCAUCUGCACGCUCUGCGGGAAGGGCUUCCAGAUGCCCUGCAACCUGACGGUUCAUAUCAGACGACAUCGGAGGGAUUUCCCAUAUGCCUGCGAGCAUUGCGACAAGCGUUUCGCCACGUCCACGGAGGUGGCCAUCCACCUGCGCACCCACACCGGCGAGCGACCCUACAUAUGCGACCUAUGCGGGAAGUCUUUCAAGACUUGGUCCUUCUUCGACAUCCACCGGCGCCGGCAUCUCAAUCAGUCGACAUUCCACUGCCAGAUCUGUGCGAAAGGCUUCUACGAGAAGAAUCGCUUCACGGACCACAUGAACUCACACUGGGCAAUCCGCAAGCACCUAUGCACGGUGUGCGGCAAAACCUUCACCACCUACGGCAACCUCAAGAAGCACACGGAGCUGCAUCUGGCGGUGAAGAAGUACAAGUGCAGCACGUGCGGCAAGCGAUUUGCUCAAUUCGCCAGCCUACGAUGGCACAAAAAGCGGGAGCACAGCUCCGAGGGGCAAACGGACGACAAGUAGAACCUGCAACCACUCAAAGUUCUCCUCUGCACUUUAUAAUAUUUACAAGGCAAUCGUAAAGAGUUAGAUGUGUGCCCGCGUACUUACAGAUAUUGCCGAGUAUGUACCUAUCAUAUCGUUAAUCUAGCACUUAGUAAUGUAUUUAUUUGCUAUUUAAGAAUGUCUGAUAAAUGGCUACAAAUGUUACUUUUUAAGUGCUGUAAACUUUAUCGUCUUAAUCAGUCGAUCAGCUAGCCGUUAGCAAAAUGCUUGUAACAGGUUUAUAAGUCAAAACCCAAAGUCAUUGAAAGUGAAACCAAAAAUAUACAUGUGUAUUAAACGAAGUCACUUGGAAUGUUUUCCAAUGUAAAGUUCA